CGGGACCUUGCCCUCGCCCGCUUGCUCGCUAGUUUGCCCAGUACGCGUUUGCCUAACUGACUCACUGCUCACAUUUUCGAGUGGAAAACUUUUCAAAGUUGGACAAACAAUACAGCUAGAGAGUGAACUUCGCUGUAACGGGUCUGGCCAUCCUUUACCGGCCACCGCCAUGCCUCUGGUGAUCAGGAACAUUGAGCCGCGGUACGUGUGCCGCCAGCCCAUCCCGGCGAGCAUCCGCAGCGAGCUGGAAUGCGUCUCCAACAACAGCCUGGCCGCCGUCAUCCGCCAGCUCGGCUGGCUCAGCAAGCAAGCCGAGGAUGUAUUCAGGGGGCUCUUCAAGGAGGCCGAAUUUUUUUCGGACCGGGUGGAGGCGCUCGGGCAGCGAGUGGACAACCUGCAGUUGAAAGUCACCCAGUUGGACCCCAAAGAAGAAGAAGUAUCUUUGCAGGGCAUCACCACUCGCAAGGCCUUCCACAGCAGCCUGACGCAGGACCAGCAGAUGUUCACCCGGCCCUCGCUACCCAUGCCCGUACAGGACACCUACGUUACAUGCGACCCGCCUCCGCCGCUCAACCAUCUGAGUCCGUACCGCGACGAUGGAAGGGAUGCUCUGAAAUUUUACACGGAUCCCUCGUACUUCUUUGACCUGUGGAAGGAGCAGAUGUUGCAGGACACCAAGGACAUCAUGAAGGAGAAACGAAAGCACAGAAAGGAGAAGAAAGACCACCUGAACCAGCGGACCCUCAACCCGCGUAAGAUCAAAACCAGGAAGGACGAGUGGGAACGCCGCAAGAUGGGCGCAGAAUUUGUGGUGCCCAAGAAUGAGAUGAUGAGCUCCUUGGACGGUCUGAAUGGCAGCUUGGGAUCCGGGGACGAGGGACUGGAUUUGAGCAUGGACUCCUACGCGUACGACCCGCCGCCACCGCCCGGCUCCGAUGACGUCCUGCCUCCGCCACCCCCCGACAUGACGUACGGUGACGCCGGCAACCACAAGCGCAUCAGUAUCCUGAGCCCCAACCACCCGCCGCCGGCACCCCCCGUGGCCUCCCCUCCGGCCAACUCUCGCCCCCACCUCUCCCCUCCUCCCGCCCCUCCUCCCCCACCCCCAUUGUCAGGUUUCGGGGCACCACCGCCUCCCGCCGGCUUUGACGGCCCUCCUCCCCCUCCCCCGCUCUUGUCCCCGGGCGGCUUCACUUCGCCGCUCGCUCCUCCCCCGCCGCCCGCCAUGUCUGGCAUGGGCCCACCUCCCCCGCCGCCCAUGCCCACCAGCGGAGGCCCUCCUCCUCCGCCGCCGCCCCCUGGCCCACCACCGCCCCCCUCCUUUGGCGUGCCCGCGCCCCAUCCUCCCGCCGCCGCGCCGGCAGCGCCCAAACAGCAGCCGGCCCCCGAGGGCGACGCCCGCAGCGACCUACUGCAGGCCAUCAGACAAGGCUUCAACCUGCGCAAGGUGGAGGCCCAGCGGGAGCAGGAGAAGCAAAAUCACUCUGGCAACGAUGUGGCUGCCAUCUUGUCGCGCCGCAUCGCCGUGGAGUGCAGCGACAGCGAGGAUGACUCGUCUGAGUUUGACGAUGACGAGUGGUCCGAGUGAAGGCGCCUUCCUCGUGCGUCGCCUCGUCUUCAGGUUAGCACAGAAGAUAAAGUCCCACCUCAUCACAAUCACAUUCCUUUAAUUCUUCUUAUUUAUCAAUUCAAGCUUGUUUUUUUUAUUGCUUUUUUCCUGCUUUAAUGAGAGCAUGUCCACUAUAAGCAACUUGUCGUCUAUCAAAGAUAAAAAUAUAUAUAUAUAUAGAUUUUUUUUUUUAUGUGGAAGCACAUUUAAGAACCUUUUUUUUAAUCACCUAGCAGUUUGAAGUAGAACCCAUACACAACUUGACAUGGAAGUAGCCAAGUGACAAAAUUGUGGGGACCGCCUGCUUCUCAAAUGCCUUUUUUCUUUGCUUUUUGCUACAUAAAAUUUCAAAUUUGUAUCUUCACGUGCGGCUAGUUUUUCCAAAGUGACGAUGUUAAUUGUUUUGUUUAUGCUCCCAAAGACUGUCAAAAAAAAGCAUAUAUAUUAUCUGGGUAAAAAAAUAAAAUGAAGAGAAUACAUUUGCA